CGUAACACUAAAAUGGAGAUCAAUACUGAUAAGCCGCGAGAGAAAAAAUUCAAGACAUUUAACGAAACAUUUUCACUAUGCGCUUUCGCACUGGCUUUCGCUUUUCUAUAUCCAAACAGAACCAACGCCGUCAAGAGAGCUGUUAUCAUUACUCUUAUCAUCUUAUUCAACGGCGGUCAGUUGUUUUGGUUCAUAACUUACACAUUAAAAUGCCUAUACACACUGGAUAUCCUUAAUUUCGCAAGGAACAUGACUUUAGCUGUGGUUCUUAUUCUAUUUUUUAUCAAGACAUACUACGUUAUUUAUGCAACAAAAGAUUUCGCUCCAAUUCUGAUCAAAAUGUCCAAUGAUUUGUUAGCAGCGAACGAAUUGGAGGAAGAUUAUCAAGCAAUAUACGAAGAACAUAUAAGACAAGGUAAAGUCGGUCAAAUAUCGUGGUUACUAAUACCGAUAGUUCUAAGCGCUCAGUUUCCGAUAUAUGCUGGCAUUUGUAUGUCCAUUGAAAGCAUAAAAACAGACAAUUUCACCAGAUUGAUGGUCCACGAUAUGGAACUGUUGUUUGUGGAGGAUAUUCAGAGUGAGACGCCAUUCUUUCAAUGCAUGUUUGCGUACAACUGUUGCCAAUGCAUUGUCCUGGUUCCAAAUUAUUGUGGAUUCGACGGUUCGUUUUGCAUUGCCACAACUCAUCUGCGUAUGAAACUGAAAUUGAUGACCCAUAAAGUGCACAGAGCAUUUGCGCACGCGCAGAACACCAACGAGCUCCGAAAAAUGGUGAACGAAGCUAUCCAAGAUCACCAAGAUGCUCUGAAGUUUUAUAAAGAAAUGCAACAUGUGUACGGACCGUGGCUCUUUGCUGUAUUUAUGCUCACAUCUUUUAUGAUAUCAUUCAACCUAUAUAUGAUAUAUCUUUUGAAACGCGUAGAUCCGAAAUAUACGCUGUUCGGACUCGUUGGCGUGCUCCACAUAUAUUUGCCUUGUCACUACGCGAGCACCUUGACUAAGGUAGGCGAGGAAAUAGGGCCAGACCUAUACGAUACUCCAUGGGAAAAAUGGGCGGAUCCUGAAGUCACGAAACUAUUGAUAUUCAUGAUAGCACGGGCUCAGAAGACCUUGAUUGUUACGGGAAACGGACUCGUCGUCUUCAAUAUGGAACUCUUUAAAUCUAUCAUACAAAGUUCUUAUUCCUUCUUCACGCUUAUUACUGCUUAGUUUUUUUUUCUAUAGAUAUGCACUAUUCUCGUCUUAAUAUGCAGCACUAAAUCAUUAUUUUCUAGCAUUAAAUAAUAUAAUAAAGGUUUCAAUGAACUACACUA